AAAAACUUAAAUGAAUAUACGUAAUUAAGGUGUAUUGAUAGUUAAUUAAAUAAACUAUAACACAUCUGUUAUCGCACGCUUAUGGAAUAAAUAGACAUGAUCGAAAAUCCUGACAAGUAUACAUUGGCACUUGUUUUCUGUUUCCAUGGAUAUUUUUACUUUAUAAUGGCCAGUACAUUAUCUAUGUCGUUUAUAAAUGCUUCGUGAUAUUUUCAAACAGCUCUCAAUAUGAAAACGCGCGAAAUAAAAUAUUUUUCAUCAUUUACAACCUUUGCUUCUUGUCCAUUGACAUUUACAAACUGUUUAUAGGUUAUAAAAUUGAAAAUGAAACAGAAACUCGAUUACUACUCCAAGAUGAUAUUCCAAUUGGUAAGAAGUCUCCACACAAGCCCUGUGUGUCGGAAAGCUGAAUCUUCUCUGUUAGCAAAGCUGCGGAAGAAAACAGGCUACACAAUUGCUAAUUGCAAAAAAGCCCUUGAAAUGCAUAACAAUGAUUCUGAUAAGGCAGAAGCAUGGUUAAAUGAACAAGCACAAGCAAUGGGAUGGGCGAAGGCUACUAAACUCGCUGGUAGGACAGCUGUACAGGGUCUGGUUGCUGUGAAAUUUGACAAAAACCAUGGAGCCCUUGUUGAGCUUAAUUGUGAAACAGAUUUUGUGGCCAAAAAUGAAAAAUUCCAUAAGAUGAUUGAAGAUGCCACCCUUGCUUGCUUCAAGUUUGCACAUACUAGUUUGCAAUCUAAGGGAGACAUUACAAAGAUGGAAUUGGACAGUGAACAGUUAGGAAACCUCUCUGUUGAAGGCAAGAAACUCUCUGAAGUACUGGCCUUGUUUAUUGGAUCUGUUGGUGAAAAUGCAAUUCUAAGACGAGCAGAGUGUUGGAAAGCAAACAACAAAGAAGUGAAGAUUGCAGGCUACACACAUCCAGCUCCUGCCGCCUCUGGAGAUUAUUCAGCUGGCAAAUAUGGAGCUUUGCUGGCUUACAAGCAAUCCAGUGGACAUGAGGAUAUUGGCCGUCAGCUCUGUCAACACAUUGUAGGGUGUGCCCCUAAGAAAAUUGGAAACAAAGAAAGUGAUAAACCAAACAAGAACUCUGAUGAUGAAACAUGCCUUAUUUAUCAAGAAUACCUGUUGGAUCCAUCUUACACAGUAGAUGAAGUACUAGAGCAAAAUAAAGUUGAAAUCAUAGACUAUAUAAGGUUCUCUUGUGGGGAGUCAGUGGAGAAUAAUAUGCUUGGUGUGGAAAAGCAGCCAUUAGACACAGUGCAAACUUUACAAUAAAUUAAAAAAGAAAUUUAUUUCUUUAUUAAAAUUGUUUUUGAAAUAAAAUUUCUUGUAGAUACAUAUUUAUUUUAUAAUAAGAAAUAAAAUACUAAGUUGUUUACUUUGUUUAAUAGACAUAAAUAAUUACAAAAUUCAAAAUGCUGAA